CGCUUCCGUUUCCGGGGCUGCGCGGCAGGCGGCGGAGGAGAGCGGUGUGUGCGGGCGGGACGAGCGGGCACGAUGUGUCCGCCCCGAUGGCUGAUGGCGGGGCUGCUGCUGGCGGCACGCUGUGGGGAGGCCGCCGUAGCCCUCAUCAGCAGCCCCUUCGUCUCCCCGCAGCCCACGGAGACGGCGGGCGUUGCGACGCGGAGCAGCGUUGGGCGGCUGGCGGAGAUGCCGGUGCCGCCUGAGCAGGGCCAGCCCAUGACCCAGCGCGCACUGUCCGUGCUGGUGUUGGCCAGCGCCGCGCUCAUCGUCUACUUCGUGAUCCGGACAGUGCGGCUCAGAAGAAAUAACAGAAAAACAAGAAGAUAUGGAGUUUUGGAUACAAACUUAGAAAACAUGGAGCUGACACCACUAGAGCAAGAUGAUGAUGAUGAUGAUACAACACUAUUCGAUGCCAAUCAUCCUCGAAGAUCGGAACAGAAUGCACUCAAAAACUAAACACAGACUCAGGAAAAUAGCUGUGUAGUUAACAUUCUGAUAAGUACGUGCCUUGCAGUGAAAGAACUUAAUUCUUGAACCAGAGGAGGCUGCUUCACGGGGGAAAUAAGAAGCAAGAGGGUUUGCAAGCUGGGGAGAGGCUAAUUUAAACUAGCAUACUGUGGCAUCCUUACUUUGUUGCAAUAAAUAUUGUAUGAAUUUGUUGUAUCUUUCUGUAUAUAGAGAAUUGUAAAUGUACAGCCUAAUGAGAGAGGGUGCACUAAAAUGAAAACCUGUUUGGAAGGGAAAUGACUUGUAAAACAGGGUAUUUUUUGUUUGUACUAAUGCCUAAGUGUGGUAUACAGUUUUUCUACAGCAAUCUGGAAUGUUAACAGGUUUUUGGCUGAUAUUAAAUUAUAAGUAAACUUAACUGCUGUGGAUUACUCAGAAUUGUUACAACUCAGUUUGAAGUGAGGAGGUGCUUUACCCUUUGCAGACAAAAAGCCAAACUACUGCCUUUCAUGUUGAAAUUUUUUUUUUAAACUAAUAAACACGUUGUGUAUAAGUUUAAAUGAAAAAAUAAAUCUGUUCACAGUGUUUCUA